AUGUGCUUAGUACAUACAGCUGGACUAGUGUCUGAGUACCUCAGCAUGCUAGAGGACAAGCCAUACCUUCCUAUUGGCUGUGUGUCCUUUGAAAAGAUUUCGCCCAAUGUUUUGGAGGAGAGCGCUAUUUCAGAUGAUGUCGUCUCACCAGUAAGUCCCAUUCAUUAACCAAGUUGCCUCUUCUCCAAACGCGGCUAAAAUUAAAUCUAAUCAUCUAGUUUUAGAUAGGGACCUAUCCAGCCCGAAGGACCAUUUUUAAAAAUUUUAGUAUAAAGAACCAUGUUGUUUUGCAGCGUUACACUAAUAUAUAGAUUUAGCCAGGGCUAAAAGCGAAGCUCCUAUUAACUUGAAUUUAUAAUUUAAAUCGAACAAUAAACUAGCAAUUGUAUUCCACAAAUCAGUUAACUUUAGAGCACAUUCAUGUGACUUUUGAGGGAAAGGCUAAGUUAUUUAAGAGAAAUAUAAUUUGCAAACAGUCCAAGCUAAGAGUGAACAUGACCUUAGAUCGAGCUGAUAGCCUCUAUAUACGUACACCCAAAAAAUAGCAAUCAUCUUCGAUCACAUUUAAGAGCCAUAAUGGCUCUUGAUCACAGUAGAUUAGGCCUGGAAAACAAAUUCUUUGAAAACAAAUCAGGCCGAAUUUUUUGCGUUCGACAAGUUUAUAAUUUACUUUACAAAAUCUUGCCAACAAGUCUGGGGACGUGUAAACCAACCUUUUAUACUUUUUAUACAUCACAUCUGAGGUGAAACAGUACCAUGAGGCGCAGUUUCUAUCAUACAGACCUCGGAAAGAAUGCAGUAUUUCACAAUUUUGGAAUACAAAUUGCACUCACUCAAGAUUCAGGACGGUCGAAGCACGCGUGUGCUUUUACCGGAACCGUUAAAAAAAUUUCCAAAAUCACCUACAUAUACGGCUAGCCGGUUCUCACUUUUGACAAGCGCCAAAGUCGACUGAUUAAAUCAAGAUUAAUAGAGUUAUACGCUUCAACAUGAAAAAGAAUUUAUUAUGUUUAUUUUUUGUUCAAUGGUUUUAUAACGAUGUGUAAUCUUCUUCCUUUGAUACGCGCGGCAUUUUGAGUACUCCUGCAACCGAUGUUCAUGAGCGACUGAAAACAAACGGCACAGCGAUUGAAAUUGCAAAAGAGACCACUAAUAAUCAAUAAAAGGAAAAUAAUUCGGUGAAACAUAUACAGAGACAACAAUUUUCAUUCACGAAGACAAGUAUUAAAGUGUCUCUGAAAAUCCUUGUUUAUGUUUUAAGCCGGCUUCCCGGUGUUUGCUUUUUUCAAAGAUGAACUCGAGGCAAGAAAAUUGCUCAAAGCUUUCUUUUACAGCCAGAAUUAUAGCUAGAUANAUUCGAGAUGCACUGAAAACUAUCAAGUAAGGCCAGAAUCGCUUCAGACUUUUCAACCCUCUUACGCAUCAAGCAAGGUGAAAAACGAAAACGAUGCCAUCCGAAAUCAGAUUUCCGACUUUGACAAGCGACGUAUUUCUCAACCAAAACCCCAAUAAACAAACUAGCUGUGAAUAACAGAAGACUCUUGAAGCUUCUUGAUAGCAGCAGAAUUUCAUUUUGUACAUCCAGUGGAAAAAGAAAAUUAAAAACGUCACAAGCUGACACAAAACUCUGUCAGCUGCAACUCUCAAAGGAAACAAGUUUCAAGAUGCUGCAUAAAUUUUCCGCAUGAACUCACCUGUCAAAUUUUGACCAAUCAGAGCAUAAAAAUUGGACGUAGAGCGUGACCAACGCGUGACCUUGGUGAGAAAAGUCAAAAGCAACUGGCAUGUCUUCCCUGCCUGUAAAAACUGGCUGAAUUUUAGCUUCCGAGGUCAGUUUGAAAUCAAAAUUUUAAUUGUGCGGCACAUAUAAAACACAACAUAUUUAAUACCAAUUAAAAAAAAUUUAACUUGAGCCUGCGAUCAUUUGAAAACUAGUAACUUGUCAGCGGAUAAUUUCAAAAAGAUACUCGACCUCGACGGGUCGACACCUGAGCCCGCGAUAUGGUCAGGUGAUACUGGUCAGCGGAUACCCUGUUUUGACAGCUGUCAAUUGAUCACAACAUUGAUGUACAAUGUGUGUGCAAUAUCAGUCUUCCUAUGCUUCCAAACUAGCUAGAGUGACAUUGGUUGCCCUGUGGUGCGGACGGACGGACGGGCGGGCGGGCGGGCGGUGUACGGUCACGUGAUUACCAAAUUUUCUGGGAUGGGUAGAUUUACUUACCCAUGGUGCUCCGCAGGCGCGCUUCGCGCGCCAGAGCUCCGCUAAUAUACGAAUAGUAGUGUGAAACCGGGCUUAAAACAAGAGUUGCAAAACAGUGAAUUGGCUAUGUUUUAGUAGGGCAAAAUGAACCUUUCUUCUGCUUAAAAUUUUAUUUAUCCAGAAUUUUUCGAAAAAACAUUUUUCUUUUUUAGAAGUUAUGGAUUGUGGUGUACAUUUUUACAAUAAGUCUCUCUACUAUCACCUCUUCUUUUCCCUUCACCUCAGGAUGAAGAGGGCAUCUGUACCGGAAAUUACUUCUGUGAAAAUGGAUUAGUGACCCUGCUUGAAAAGGCUGCCAGUUCAUUUUUGCAAGCCCAACUUUUUGAAUGUGUAAAUGAGGUUUAUAAGGUAUUGAUUCCCAUACUGGAAGCCCGACGAGAGUACAAGAAGCUAAUUCAUGUUCAUCAAAUGCUUUCGGGAGCCUUUACCAGGAUAAUCCAAACG